AUGGCCAGUGAAUCGCUCACUCAAUUGGCCAGACGAAAAAAUGCCAUGAGGAUGGCUGCGUGUAGGAGAGCCGAAGCCGAGCGAGUCCAACCUCCACCCCCUCCACCCGACGCUAGGGAAGAAACUCCUCCACCUGCUCCUGUUGAACAGGCUGAGACCGAAGUGGCCGAAAUGGAACCUGUAGUCGAUCAACUGGAGGGUCAAGUGAUGGAGCACAAGGGCGAAAAACACCCGGCUAAGUACGAAGCUGAUUAUUCGGAAGAACCAAUUGACAAACGGCCACUCAUGGAAGAAUCUGACUUGGUUGUGUCGUUUACGAUACAACCGAAGAUAAAGAACAUGUCGGUUGCCUUUGAUGCAUCGAUUAUAAGAGACCCAGGAGUGGCCUUGAGCUUAGCGUCCUUCAUUUCUCUGCCAGUUGACAGAGUAGCUUUUAGGGCAGAGGCUGAUUUACUGGCCAUCGCAUUAGCCACUCAAUCGGCGAUAUUGGUACGCGGCGAAGAGGCAGGGAGGAUAGCUGAAAUUGGCCGUCGCCAGCACGACGCUAUCGAACAGAUCGACUUUCUUAUAGCUGAGCUGGAGAACGAGAAGGGAAAAGUGGCAGAGGCCUCUCUCCGGGCCGAUUUUGAGGCCAUAAAAGCGGUGGCAGAGAGAGCUGGGGCCGAUUUUGAAGCAGAUAAGGCCAAGACUGUUGACGAAUUGAGAGUGGCCACCGAGGGAAGGGCGAAUGCCAACGAAGAAACGCUCAAACUGGCCAACGAAACAAUUGCCAAGCUGGAGGCCGACUUAGAAGAGUCGAAGAGGGCGAUGGCAAAUGUCGAGUCCAAAAUUUCCAAGUCAUUCCUGGCGGGCAAGGAUGCGGCCUUAGCGGACUACGUAGAAUAA